AACGUCGUCUUGACAACGAACGAAUUUUGUGGAUUUUGUAUGAAUUGUUUGAUUGAUUUUACUAUGUAUUUGAUAAAUUAUGGAUGAUCCGCAAAAACAAUCGUCACAGUCAACUGAAAUCAAGAAUGUUCUUCCGGAUGUCGUACAUUCUCAACAGAUAGCCGCUGUAGGCGCCGUCGAGAGCGCCGUAACACAGAUCGAUAACAGCCACAAUAUAGAAAACGAAAGCCAAAAUCAGGAUGUCCAGGAAACUAGUGAAACUGAGUCUAUUUCAGAGCACAUACCAUCCAAAGUGGAUUCUCUCUCGGUAACAGACAACGUCAAUCACACACAAUCGGAAGACUUGCUCAAAGUUGAAGGUCAUCAGGAGAAAGUGUCCAAAUCUAAUUCUCCAAACAUUCCAUUCACUUAUUCACCAUUUAGUGAGCACCCUAGUUCACCAGACCCCAGUAAGCAGAGUACAUCCUGGCCAAUUGAUGUCAAUGCUGUGUCAGACAUUCACCAUAUCAGUGAAGAGAGCCCAGUGAACUUAGCAUUAUCAUCAGAAGACUUCUCUAAAGAUGGCGAAACAAAUGAGGGUAAAUCUCAGUCAUUACCUCACACCCCAUCAGCAAAUGAUCAUGGCAAAACACCUCAAGAAUCUCCUAGAAGUGAUAAUUUUGUUGAUUCUCUAAAUGAAGAAUCUGUUCUUAAAUCUCUGGAAUCAGAAAAUGAUAAAUCUUUAGAAAAAUCUAGUAUGUCAAGGAAUCAAGACUCGCUGGAAAAAGACAGUACGGGCUCUGAGGAAAUAAUAAAAUUGGAUAUUCGAGGUCAGGGUGUUCCCAAGUUUCCAUUACCUACUGCUAAAAUCAUAUUUGGACCUCCACCAGAGGGAAGCACUGUCAUAGAUUCAAACAUAGAGCAAAUGCCAGUUUUUCCAAACUUACUUUCACCAUUUUUAGUCGGAGCAGGUGACGGAAUAAAAGUUGAAGAGGUGUUUGACUUCGAUGAACAAGAACCAAAAGAUAUUUCCUUGGACAAAUUGCUGGAAUUAUCACCAGACAAAUCCUUAGAGGUGUCUCCUGACAAAUCUAUGGAACUUUCUCUUGAUAAGCAGAGUUUUUCAAGUGAUAAGAGUGAACAGAAAGACUUGCUUGUUGAAGAGCUUACAGUUGAUGAUGUGAAGGAGAGAGAGGAUGAGAAACUGGAUGAGCCAUCGCUCGGGACACAGCCAAAGUCAAUGCCUCCUGAAGAAACCAUGUCAUUCAGUACCAUGUUCAGUACCAUGACAACGGACUACAAAACAAUAUGUGAGGAAUAUCAUGCAAAGCUUGUGCACUUCGAAGCCGCUAUCACGCAACGCGAUGAACUAAUCGAGGAACUCACGGUCUCCUUACAGCGGUCAGUGCGCGAGCGCGACGAGCUCAGGCACGAGAACGAACACCUCAGUAAUGAGGUGCUUCAGCUCCAACACUCCGUCGGGGAGCGAUCCUCCUCCGACCACGACACGGUCAAAGCUCAGCUCUCAGACUUCAUGAAGUACCAGAGCAUGCUCAAAGACGACAGCACGAAGUUCUACUCCGCUCUCAUGAGCGGCGGAUCAUCCAUACAGAGCUCGAACGGCGAAAAAGACAUGGAUCAUGAGGAAAUCACAGUCAACUACUCCAAAUCUGAUCUCCGAUCGAGUGGAUCCUCAGAAGAGUUUCAGACAGGCUUCGAAAAUAAACUUACGACGAUAAUUAGCAAGUUCGACGAGUACAUUGAGGAGAAUUUGCGGAAUAAGCUGAGAGAGAGUAUCAUUCAGAUAUUGUGUGAGGAGAUAGGGAAAAUGCGGAUCGAAUCCGACACAGAAGUUAAGGAGUUGGAGACUCAGAUGCAGCAGGACAAGCAGACGUUUACAGUGGAGACGAGGCGCCUAAGAGAGCUGCUCGCUUCAGUUAAGGCGGGAAACGCGGAUAUAGACGAACUGAGGGCAGAACUCAGCAUCAAACAUGAAAAGGAAAUGGAAAACUUACGGACCUACUUUGAGAAAAAGUGCUCAGACAUGGAGAGGAGUUAUUCAGAGGAGGUAUGGCGCGGUCGCGCGUGCUUGUCUCCAGGCGGCUCGGCAUCUUCGCUGGAGGGUUCCGCGGCGGGCGACUGCCUGCGCCGGCGCACACGCAGCGCCGAACUGCCCUCGCUGACGCUGGAGUCGACGCCACUAGAGCAAGCUGUGAAACAGACUAGUAAGAAAUACGAACAACAGCUGGAAGAACUGAGGGCAGAGCACCUGGCCUAUAUCAGUGACUUACAGGCGCGCCACGCAGAGACCGUCGCCUCCUUGGAGGAGCAGGUCACUCAGUUGAAAGCCCACAUCCAAACGUCCGAGAACACCGAAGCCAACGUGUCUGUCUACCAACAAGACAUUGAUCUUGAACUCGAAAAGAAGAGGUUCGAGGCCCGUGUGGAGCAAGUGCGCCAGGACGUCGUGCACCAGCUGCAAGAGCAGAUACAGGUGCUGCUGUCGGACCCGGACGCGGAGGUGUCGAGCUGGCCGCUGGAGCUGGUGGCGCUGCGCGACAAGAUCCACGGCGACGCGCGCCUAAACCAGGAGAAAGAGUUGUCGAGCUUACGCGACGAGUUGUCGGGCGGCGAGGACAAAUGGAAGCAGCGCCGCAACGUCAGCUUCGACCAGAACAGGCAUCUGGAGGAGGUCACUAGGGAGAGGGACGGACUGAAGCGCGUAGCGGUGAGCCUGCACCGCGUGGUGGGCCAGCUGGUGGCGUACUGUGCGUCGGCCGAGGACGAGCUCAACCGGACCGUGCUGUCGCAUCUGCUGGCUCGAGUGCUGCCCGACGCGGACGACUGGUGGAGACUGUGCGUCGGCCGAGGACGAGCUCAACCGGACCGUGCUGUCGCAUCUGCUGGCUCGAGUGCUGCCCGACGCGGACGAGUGAGUGUUGUGACGUCAUGUGUCUCUAGGGACGGACUGAAGCGCGUGGUGGGACAGCUGGUGGAGACUGGACGGACUGAAGCGCGUGGUGGGCCAGCUGGUGGAGACUGUGCGUCGGCCGAGGACGAGCUCAACCGGACCGUGCUGUCGCAUCUGCUGGCUCGAGUGCUGCCCGACGCGGACGACUGGUGGAGACUGUGCGUCGGCCGAGGACGAGCUCAACCGGACCGUGCUGUCGCAUCUGCUGGCUCGAGUGCUGCCCGACGCGGACGAGUGAGUGUUGUGACGUCAUGUGUCUCUAGGGACGGACUGAAGCGCGUGGUGGGACAGCUGGUGGAGACUGGACGGACUGAAGCGCGUGGUGGGCAGCUGGUGGCGUACUGUGCGUCGGCCGAGGACGAACUCAACCGGACCGUGCUGUCGCAUCUGCUGGCUCGAGUGCUGCCCGACGCGGACGAAACAAUUGUCGAAGAGGAAUCCCGUCCGUCCACGCCCAACUUAUCCACAGAACUCAACACCAGCCUGGUAUCCCGCGGGAAGCACGUGCACUUCGCUCCAGACCUUCACUCUAUAUUGUCCGAGCUUGAUGAGGAGAGCGUGUUAGGCUUCCUGCAGCAGCAGCGUGACGUCAGCGCCGACAUCAAGCGGGAGCUCGAGAGCUCACUGCAGCGGCUGCGGCAGGAGGCGCACGAGCUGCUGGAGCUGUCUGCGAGGCUCACGCACAAAGAGCGCAAUGAGUCUAAAAUGCUGGAGUCGGGUCAGGUCCAGAUCACAGAAUUAGUUCAGGACCUAGACACCAACCAGAAUUCCUGUGAUAAUUGCGAGCUGCAUAGAAAGAACAUGGAAGAAGCGAUGGCAGAGUGCCUGCAACGUGAAAAUUUGCUCCGGUCCGAUCUGGAAGGAGCCAUGAUCAAGAUCGCUCACCUCAUGACGAGCAACGAAAGGCAUUCUUCUGAUCUUAUCGCAGAAGGAUACGGCACCGGACAGCAGCUGCAGGCAGCUCUGUCAUCCGCUCGCAUGUCACCGCGGCCGCGUUCGUGUCAUACACCCGGGACUAUGUCAUUAGACGGCUGCUCGUCGCCGCGUGCGCAUGUGUCGCGCUUAGCACAGGACCUCGAGAUGCUGCAUAAGGAGCGCGAUGACUUACAGCAGCAGCUCGAGGCGGCCAACCGUCAGCUCCGCUCCACGCGGCAGUUCGUAGAGGAGCAGGCAAGCGAGCGCGAAGCGGAGCGCGACGAGUUCGCCAAGCGGCUAGCGGAUCUCCGCGAGGAGAAUGCUCGCCUCGCCACGCGCUUGCAGAACAACGCCAGGAUACUCAACGAGAUGCACCGCCUGCGCUUGUCACAGUGCGCCUGUCGCUCGCAAGAUGCACAAGUGGAGCAACUAGAAGCCCAAACGCGAGAGAUGAACCAAAUCAUCAAUGAACUGGAAACCCGCAAAGCUGCGUCUGACGAAGAGCUCAAAGCGACGGAAGAAAAAAUCAUCCUACUCCGAGACAUAAUAGCCAACCUUGAAAGUCAACUGGAGCAGAAAACAACUCAUGAGACAGAAAUAUUGGAUGAGCUGGAUACUAUGAAGAAGACGAUAGAAGAGCGAGAUAGCAAAAUGAGGUCGUUGCUGGGGGAACUAGAGUCGUUGAGGAGUGAGAGACUGGAGCAGACUGACGUGACUUGCGUCAAGUGCGGGUCUGAGGAAGACAAGUACAGCGAGCUGAUGGACAAAGUAAAGGAGCAGUGUCGCUGGCUGGAGGAGAGGAUCCACCGGCGCACGGCGCGGCUGGAGCGCAUCCACGAGGUGUGCUCGACCUCGUGCAGCGAGCCCAGCGAGGACGUGUCGCUGAGGGACCAGAGGGACGUAGAGGUGAAGUCUCCUGAAAGCCCGCCAACGCCCCGCAACGAGAACCUCGUAGAACUGCUGGGCAUAUGGGAGAGUUUGGAGGCACACUCGCGCGCGGAAGACGCGGCGCUCAAGCGCGUGCGCGAUCUUGAGAUGCAGCGCGCACAGCUGAAGGAUGUCGCACAGGUAUGUGACGCCUUAGGCCCAGAACAGACGGUGAAACGCAACUGCAACGAAACUGCGACUGCUAGUUACUUUUGA